CACCCUGGCUGCCAAAUGCCUGUUUGGUUCAUUUCCUUCUCGCCUUGCAGGCGGCCCGAACCAUUAUUGCAGGGGGGGGUGGAAACAGCCUCCGCUUCCCAGGAGAGUGCUGAGCGGGGCCACCCCCUCCGGCAACCACACCCGCUGGUGCCUGGGAGCCGAGGGGCGCUGCUGCGGGUUGGCUCUGCGCCAGGAGGGCCGGUGCGUGGGCUCCCAUCUGCCCCCCGCGCUGCCCCGGCCUCCUACGGAAAACCCCAGAGACUGUCUGAAUCUGUCCAGGACUCAGGAGCAAUGUCUCAACAGUUCCUUUAUCGGGCACUGGUGUCGGCUAAGUGGCUCUCAGAAACCAUCAAGUCCCCUCAGGCUGGGCAGGCUGUGAAGAUCCUGGAUGCAUCCUGGUACCUCCCGAAGAUGAAGCGUGACCCCCGGCAGGAGUUUGAGGAGCGCCAUAUCCCUGGUGCUGCUUUCUUUGACAUCGACCUAUACAGCGACCGCACGUCACCAUAUGACCACAUGCUGCCCAGUGCGGAUGACUUUGCGGAGUAUGUGGGCAAGCUGGGUGUGGGGAACGACUCCCAUGUGGUUGUGUAUGAUGCCAGUGAUCAGGGUCUCUUCUCUGCUCCCCGUGUCUGGUGGAUGUUCCGGGCCUUUGGGCACCAUGCCGUCUCUCUUCUGGAUGGUGGGCUGAAGAACUGGCAGCGGGAGGGGUACCCACUGAGCUCUGGCAAGAACCGAGCAGUUCCUGUGGAGUUCCAUGCCUCCCUGGACAAGUCACUGGUGAAGACCCAUGAGGACAUAGAGGAGAACAUAGAGUCACAUCGCUUUCAGCUGGUUGAUGCUCGCCCUUCAGGGCGGUUCAGAGGGACGGAGGCAGAGCCCAGGGAAGGAAUUGAGCCUGGUCAUAUCCCUGGCUCCCUGAACAUCCCCUUCUUGGAUUUCCUCACAGAAGCUGGCUUUGAGAAGACCCCUGAGGCAAUCUGCAGCUUAUUCCAGGAGAAGAAAGUGGACCUCUCAAAGCCAGUGGUAGCCACAUGUGGCUCAGGAGUCACUGCCUGCCAUGUGGCCCUGGGGGCAUACCUCUGUGGCAAGCCAGAUGUGGCUGUCUACGAUGGUGCCUGGGUGGAGUGGUACAUGCGGGCGCGGCCUGGAGAGGUCAUCUCUGAGGGUAGAGGCAAGACCCUCUGAAGCAACACUUCUGCCCCUGCAGUGCAGACAAAUUGCCUUGGAACAGGCUUUGGGAGAUGGUCUUAGCCUUUCCUGUUUUCAAAUCAUAGUGGUCUUGGGUGGCAAAUCUAGAACAUACAUGGUUCUAGCCCCUUCCCCACCCCUCAUUUUUCUGGGCAUGGAAGAUGCCUUUUUACAGCAUCUUACUGGGUUGGGGGAAAGCACUUGUCAUGGGAUGGUAGAAUAAUUGAGUCAGGCUGGACUCAUCAGCUGGGAUGAGCUCUCCUGACUGGACACUUAACGAGGAAGAUGAGUGGAGGUGCAGUUUAGGUUUCUCCUCAUAUUUGGACUCUGAUUUGUUCUCAGCCAGUUUUGCAUCCACCAUUGUUCCUGGGGAACUUGAAAUCAUGUUUCUUUCUUUCUUUCUUUCUUAAAGUAUCUAAUUCAAAGGUUACAUAAUAAAAACAUUUAAUGAGUUUAAAGGUUUUUCUCCUGAACUGAGCCUGGGACAGUAUAGCUGGGGUUUCUCCUUCCCCACUCACAGAGGCAUCUUGCUCUGUAUCCCUCCACAGGGAGUGUUUAGUUAGCACAGCUACAUGCAUCCAGCAUAUGUCUACAGUGGAGCUGGAGGUGUAAAAUUCAGCUCCGACAGACAUACCUGUACCAGCAUUGGAGCUGCGUCGUCGUGAGGAGCCGGCCCAAGGACAUACUUGCAGUUUCAGACUGGAUCAUGCUUGGGGCUGAUAGCAUAUCAUGCAGUUCAUGCGGCUGCAGCUACGUUGCUGUUUUUAGUGUGCUAACUCAAUCACAGCUAGUGCAGGUAUGUCUACCCAGGUGGCAAAUUACACUUCCAAUGUAGACAUACCCUUAUUCUCUGUGAAGGAAGCUCUUCUGAUGAAGUAAAUGCAGUAUUUGUUUCAUCCUUGGUAGGUAUAUUUCAGUUUCCCUGGGAGAGCCCUGUGGAUCAAAUAAGAAAGGGCAGCAUACCUCUCUGUUUCAAUCUGCAGCCAUGCAAUUGUGUGACUUUCAGAUACCACACUCCAAUUCAGCAUGAUACUUACAUGUGCCUAAC